AGCUGACCUCGCAUCUGCGGAGGACGCCAGUGUGUUUCUGCAGCUCGGGAUCACACACGUACUCUCUGCCAUGCGCGGAAGCGUCUCGCUGCCGGCGGCCGCGAUGCCCCUCGCGUGCCUGCAGCUCCCACUCCAGGACAGCCCGUUCGCGGAGCUCGCCGAGCACCUCCCGCGGGCGACGGCGUUCAUCACGGACGCGUUGCAAGACACCCGUGCGCGUGUUCUCGUGCACUGCGUGCAGGGCGUCAGCCGGAGCGCAAGCGUCGUGUGCGCGUACCUCAUAAAAGCAUACGGCUGGACACCGGCGCAGGCUGUGCAGUUCGUCAAGAGCAAACGGCCGUGUACCGACCCGAACCCGGGCUUCGUUUCCCAGCUCGGCGAGUACUACGAGUCGCUCCGUGCGUCGCCGCCGAGCAGCGGCAGUGCGGCUGCGGGCCAGAGGAGGCGGUGAGCGCAGAGGCACAGGGGGACGUGGCGCGCCUGCUGGGUCUCGGCAAGAGGU